AUGAGAAUCGUAGCCAUAACCGCAUCCUUAGCUGUAUUCCUCGGCCUGAUAACUUGCACCUAGAUCACAUCUAAUUCAAACACUGGAGUCUAGGCAAAUGCUAGAAAUCUACUUGAAAACAUGUUGGACAGAUCAAGAAAUGGAGGUCAAGGUCAUAGAUAACACCCUAUUACAACUGAAUAUUUUUAGGUUCCCAGAGAAAACUAAACUAAUCACCAUUCAAGCCAUUAAUCUCACUCAACUAAUCAAUAGGAUUCUGAGAAUAGAAAUGGUGGAAGAGGUCACAGAAAUGAAAAUUAAAAUAACCACAACGAGGGGCAUACACCACAUCAUCCAAGACCAACGAAAUAUCAAGAUGAUGACGUCAACUCAUCAUGCAACAGUCCUACUGAUGCUCCUUCAACUACUCAAUGUUUCUCAGACUUUACUGCAGAGCCAGAGACAACUUAUGAAUAAUUUACUACUGAAAAUUUCCAAGAAUCAACUACACCAGAGCCUAGUACAACUAACUUUGAGGAAUAACAGAGCUCACCCCAGCCAACUGAGAAUUACACUUAUGUCUCAUCUACUUCAGAACCACAAUUCUCAUAAGUUCCUUCACCAUCACCAACUGCUGAACCAGAACUUUCCUAAGUUCCCUCUCCAUCACCAAGUGCCGAGCCAGAACUCUCCAAUGUUCCCUCACCAUCACCAAGCGCAUAAGAUUUUUCAUCUACUACUGCUCCUUAAACUAGUGCUCUCUUUUGA